AUGAAAACGGCACGCGUAUUGCGUGAGAAACUCACCCGGUAUGUAUCACUUCGGUACGCACCGUCUUUUCGGCAAGCGCAACCGCGUGAGGUGAUUGGCGUGCCCACCAAACUCAUUCCACCGGACUCUGUCCCUGCGUUUGUUCUACCUGACGUGAUCAGUGAGGGGGAGGAGCGGGCCCUCCUCAACCUCACUGAGCCGUGGUUCUCCCGCCUUCCUUACAGCGAUGGUCACGUGGAUUCCUUGAUUCAUCACUUCAAGGAAUUUUACCGCUCUUAUAAUGAAUUGAUGGAAGGAGCGGCGGUUGACGCGGAAGCCCGCGGCUUUUCUGAGUGCGAUAAAGAAGCCGUUUCCCUUGCACGCGCGGCACUCAAGAGAUGCCGCGGGAUAGCUGCUGAGCACCUUACCAACAUCCCUCUGGAUGAUCGGGUGCACUUUCUUCGAAUGGGUAGCAACGGUUUUAUUCGUGCUCAUGUGGAUGAAAGCCGCAACUCCAGCGGUAUCAUAGCUGGGCUUUGCCUUGGGUCUGCGCGCGUGAUGGCGCUGACGCAUCCAAAGCACCCUGGCGAGAGGGUGGAGCUCUUGCUUGCGCCGCGCGCCAUCUACAUCAUGAUUGGGGCAGCAAGAUACGAGUGGGAACACAGCACGGACUGGUUGGAGGAUGACAAAGAGCACAUUGAGCGGAUACGUGGAAAUGUUUUAUUGGAAGGAGCCCCCUUGGCGUUCGACGGCCGCGAAACGCACUACAAGCGGGGGGAACGGACAGCAAUAAUAUUUCGCGGCGUCUCUCCGAUGGAAUUAUUGCUGUCCAAGAUGAAGGGAAAACAGACGAGCCAAACAUAG